CUCGAGUCUCAAGUCCACACAAUGGACAUCAUCGCUCUGCACUCGUCCAACUAAGCCCCGAGUCUUCCUAUAUCUUCUCUAGUGUCUGUCCUCCAUCUCAUGCCUGCUCAAUUCUCGUUUGGUCGUGACUUCUGAAUUCCUUCUAAUCUGGACUAUGCCCACUCCUGAUGAUGCGAUGCUGUCGCCGCCAUCAGAGCACGAGAGUCACCUGGCUGGCCGCACGACAUGUCCGCCAGAAGAAUCCCGCAUCCACACCGCGCUCGAUAUGAAUGUCGAGCGACCCCUUCACACUCAGAAUGAUGUCAAUACCUCAUACACCCCCCCGAUGCAACAGCCCACUCCUCCACCCGCCGACCGAGACAUCUCCGACGCGCAACCCCAGGAUGAAGAAUCGCAUAACAAAGGCCCCGAUGCAGAGGUAGACGGCCCAAUCCGCGACAUUCCCACACCGGUGAGUGCGACAGACGAGGGCGCAGACGAGCAGCGGAAUGCCCAGGUCUCGCCGCUCUCAGCGUCGGCAUCUGUACCCGUCUCCUGGUCUCAACCAUCGCUCUUGACAUCACCAUUUCCAAGCUACAGGUUCCUGCCCAACUCGUCCUCUUCGCUUCUCCGCCACGGAAGCCGAUUUAAAGGCAAUCAAACGUCAGACCACCAGAAAUACGAAGUAGAAGUCGAAAUAAAACAUGUAGAUAUGCGGGAAUCGUUCCUGUGUGGGUACUUGCGCAUCAAAGGCCUAACAGAAGACCACCCUAGUCUCACUACAUACUUCGAAGGCGAAAUCAUUGGUAACAAGUACUCAUUCAUCACCCAACACCCUGAAUGGGGCUCUAACGAGAAGGUCGAUCGGCAGCAUUGGGCCCGGCUCCCUGCACACAAGCAGAAGUUCUCGAAUCGCCAAGAUCUUUCAACGAAAGACUGGAUGCAGAAAGAGCAUAUUUUUAUGCGGUGGAAGGAAUACUUCCUCGUCCCAGACCAUCGGGUGAAGACGAUUAAUGGCGCAAGUUUUGAAGGGUUUUAUUAUAUCUGCUUUAAUCAGGUCUCUGGGAGUAUUGAGGGCAUCUACUUCCACGCGAAGAGCGAGAACAGCUCAAGCUCGAGCACGUCCAAGAUCACGGGUGUCAAGGCGCAAUGGAAUUCCGAUAAUUACGAUUUACGAUGGGGAACGUGCAUGUAUAUGAUGGCCGGUAUAUGGGACAGCAUUUUGGUCAUGAGUGGUCAUCUUUUCAAGUUGGGUUUUCCAUUGUACAGACUUUAUGGGUUUCAUGACAAUUUUGGAGGCGGCCUCGCAUGUCUAGAAUUACUUUUGAAUGUUCUGAUGUUCCUGGUUACGUCAUUCGACAUAGUCAUCGUCAUGGAAUUGACGAUAGCUAAUCCCCGAUCCUCCACAAAUUUCGCAUCGUGUGAUGGGCUGCUUAUGGGUCUAGCGCAAAGCUUGACUGCACCUCUUCGCUUCGCCCAACACCAUCGAUCUUGUAACCACUACCACGGAUCAGGCACGAUGCCCGGCGAACCGAAUAAGCGCCUGAAACGCCAGGAGUACAAGAAAAGUCUCAAUACCGAGCAAAAUGCAGCGCUGCCGAAGAAGAAAUUCUACCGGCAGCGGGCGCAUGCCAAUCCCUUUUCAGACCAUUCCUUGACCUACCCGAAGAGCCCGGCAGAGAUGGACUGGUCAUCUUACUAUCCUGCACACACAGUCGCACAAGAGAUAGAGAACACCGCGCAUGAGUCACAUGACUUAACCAAGGACAUGCCCGCGAAGGCGAUCACGAAGCCGGUGGAGAUUGCAGAUAUUGGCUGUGGGUUUGGUGGACUACUCUUUGCUCUGGCGCCGAAACUACCUGACACCCUGAUCUUGGGCAUGGAAAUCCGCACCUCAGUGACUGAGUACGUCCAAGAAAAGAUCCGGGCCCUCCGUGCCCAGAACGCCUCAUCCAACUACUCCUACCAGAAUGUCGCCUGCCUCCGCGCAAACACCAUGAAAUUCCUUCCCAACUUCUUUACAAAAUCCCAGCUCAGCAAAAUCUUCCUCUGUUUUCCAGACCCGCACUUUAAACAACGGAAGCACAAAGCCCGCAUCGUCUCCUACACUCUGAAUUCUGAGUAUGCAUAUGUGCUACGGCCUGGAGGGGCUGUGUACACUAUUACGGAUGUGGAAGACCUGCAUCAGUGGAUGGUGGAGCAUUUUGAGCGCCAUCCGAGCUUUGAGAGGGUUGGGCAGGAAGAGCAGGAUGCGGACGAGUGUGUGAAGAUCAUGCGCACAGAGACUGAGGAAGGGAAGAAGGUGGAACGGAAUGGAGGGGCGAAGUUUGUGGCAUGCUUUCGGAGGUGCGAGGAUCCACCAUGGCCGUGAGAUAGGGAGUAUUUGG